AUGACUUCCCGAAAAACGCAGCAAGAAAUUGACAAGACCUUCAAGAAGGUCGGUGAGGGCAUACAAUCCUUUGAAGGGAUAUAUGAGAAGAUCCGAAGCUCCAGCAAUGCCGCCCAACGAGACAAGCUUGAAGACAAUCUUAAACGGGAGAUCAAGAAACUGCAACGGUUUAGAGACCAGAUCAAGACAUGGGCUGCCGGAAAUGAGGUCAAGGACAAAAGCCCACUGCUAGAACAACGGCGAGCCAUAGAAACAUGUAUGGAACAGUUCAAGGCUGUAGAGAAGGAAAUGAAGACCAAGGCCUACUCGAAAGAGGGGCUUUCGGCCGCAGCGCGCUUGGAUCCCAAGGAGAAAGAGAAAGCAGACACGUGUGAUUUCCUCUCCUCGACGGUUGACAUUCUACAGCAGAAGAUAGAGGCUAUGGAAGCUGAAGAAGAGUCUAUACAAGCGUCAAUGAAAAAGGGCAAGAAGGACAUCGCCAAGUCGAAUCGGUUAGCGGAUAUUGAACGGUUAUCGGAACGGCAUAAAUGGCACGUUGGGAAGCUAGAAUUACUCUUACGAUCAUUACAGAACGGCAAUGUUGAAACACAACAAGUGCUUGACGCUCAAGAAGCCAUCAAAUACUAUGCGGAGGAUGGUCACAAUCCCGACUUUUGUGGAGAGGACGAGACUAUCUACGACGACAUACCGCUAGGCGACGAUGAAGUCCAGUUCGGCAUGAACAACGACAACGACCGGGUAUCAUCACAAGACACUCAAUCGAUACAGGAAGAUGACGCAGAGUCCCGGCAGGCCAACAAGGGCAAGUCAGAUUCAGGUCCUGCACGACGGCCAUCAACACAGAUGAAAUCCCCUCUACCCGUCCUUGCCACGCUCCAUCUUAAUGGCCCUUCGUCAUCGUCAGCAAGUUCAAUGAAACCUGCACCCCCUCCGGCACGAUUACCCGGAGAGACUCUCAAAUAUGCCUCUGCUGCCGCCGCCGCUGCUGCCAGUGACAAGGCUGGUGUUGGGAUUGCACCCCUCCCACCACCCCCUGGUGCCAGCCCCGCCGUAUCGGCAGCACAGCUUGCUUCCAAAGCGUCGUCAACGGCGUCACCUAUGGUCCAGCCCGCACAGCCGGUGCAGGUACAACGGCUCAUGUCCUCUGCCGGCAGCGCAGACGAGUCAGGAAGUCAAUCCAAGUCGCCUACAUUAAGUCCGAGCGUGACUGCAGCCAGUCGACCGGGGACCAUGCCUCCUACACCCGCGAUGUCCAAAAUAGAAACAUCAGCAACAACCCCGGCUGCAUCAACGUCGGCCCCUAAUAAGGAACGUACAGUAACGAAUGGCCAGGCAAAGGGGAAGAGCCCAGAUGAGCCGGCCGCAGACGAAUCGGUAUAUCAUCUCCCUCCAGGUCUCCAAGAUCUGAUUCACUCCUUCGAGGUGACCAAGUCACGGUCGACAGCUCCUCAGUCGGCGUCUGUACAACGGUUAUUGGUAGCCUCACAUAGUACAUGCCCAGAGCCGGGAGAUGCGGAGAAGCCCCGUCAUUACAAGCCCCAGACGCCAUACACAACGCCACUUUAUUACCCUCAGGAGACAUUACCCAUAUUUGACGAUCCACGACUAUACGAGACCGGCAGAAUAGAUACAGACACGCUGUUCUAUCUCUUCUACUACCGUCAGUCCACGUAUCAGCAGUACCUGGCUGCCAAGGCCCUCAAGAACCAAAGCUGGCGCUUCCACAAGCUGUACCAGACCUGGUUCCAGCGCCAUGAGGAGCCGAAGAACAUCACUGAGGAAUAUGAGCAGGGUACUUAUCGGUUCUUUGAUUAUGAAAGCACCUGGAUGAACCGACGAAAAGGUGAUUUUAAAUUUGUCUACAAGUACCUUGAAGAUGAUUUGUAA